AUGUGCACCCCUAGGGAACCGCAAAUCAAAAAUGUGGUCCUCAAUCGCCUACCUACUGCACUGUUGAGACCUCACUGCCAACUACCGUCUACCAUGAGCUACGAAACCGUCGACAAUCAUCAGCCUUUGUGUGACCCAUCUUUGACGUCGCAGGGCCGUGUGGGGAUAUAUUUUGAACAACUGCGCGGGGAAAUAAUCACGAUUCUCCACAAUGAUAACAACUCACAAGAAACUAUUCGUCGUCUCGAGAACGAACUGAGUGUUUAUAAGCGCGCCUACGCCGAUCUCGACGCUGAGCGCCACCGCUUCGAAAAGCUAAAGCAAGAAUCUGAUAAGCAGAAGGAAGACCUGGAAAACCAGCUGAAGGGACACCGUGUGGUCGCGCUUCUGGAUGGCGACGGUGCCAUCUUCAACAGUCAGCUCAUCUCCCAAGGGCAAGCGGGCGGCCACGCUGCCGCGCAGAAGCUCUCUGAUUCCAUUAUCCAAUACCUUGUCGCCAGCCAUGGGACGAACCAAUACCAGCUUUGGGUUUACGUAUUUUUGAACAAGCGUGGGUUGGGAGACACCUUCGGUCGCGUCGGACUCGUAUCGGCGAAGGCGAAAUUCGAAGAAUUUGUCGUGGGGUUCAAUCAAGCAGCGGAGCGCUUCAUUAUGGUCGAUGUCGGAGGCGCGAAGGAAGCCGCCGAUGCUAAAAUCAAAGCGCUCCUGGAAGAAGAAAUCAGACUUCCCCAGACCCAGAAGAUAAUUUUCGGAGGUUGUCAUGAUAAUGGCUACGCAACGACCUUGCGAUCGCAGAUAACAGCCGGUUUCAAGCACAAAUUAAUUCUUCUGCCAGGAUAUUCGGACAUAGCCAUGGGCAUUAAUGAGCUUGACCUUCCUUCCUUCAGCGUCCCCGAGCUCUUCAUACCACAGAAACUCGCAGUAAAUCCUUCUCCCACGCAGCCUAUUCAUUCAUUUCCCUUGCCAACGGCUACUCAAUUGUCACCUCCCCAAAUACUUCCGGAUGCCCACACGUUUAAACCUACUCCGUCUAUUAUUCAGCAAGCCUUUGAGGCCCUCCCCUUCGCAACGGUCGAACCGCCUGAAAUGCCUACUCCGAAGGAGCACCCUUUGCGGUUGAGCUAUUCAUCGGCGGUGCAGCGGCUGCCCAAACGACCCGACACUCCCGAACUAGAUUCCAGUGGUAGCACUAUUUCAAGCGACGACAGUGACGAGAGUGUGCUGGUGCCACGUCCGUCUGUCACAAGCACCAAGCUUCGGAGAGUAAUCCCGAAUAUCCCUCUCUCGAAGCACAAGCCGCCUCCAUGCACGCUUUACUAUCUAUCGAAUUGCAAGCACGGUGCCGAAUGUAAAUAUGCCCAUGACUAUCAGCUUGAGCCUGCGCACUUCAACGAGAUCCGCGUCAACGCCAGGAAGUCACCCUGUCCAGCUCGAAAUAAAGGCGAAAUAUGUCUUUGGGGAGAUGAUUGCUGUUAUGGUCAUCAUUGUCCUCUGACCACGAAAUGCCACUUCUUCAAGCAGAACCGCUGCAAGUUCGUGGGAGCUGGUAUGCACAAAGAACCCAAAGAACAGCCCACGGACAUGGCGUAG